UAGGAAUUGGUUCGCGAGAGAGAGAGAGAGAGAGAGAGAGAGUGUCCCGGGACGGUCCGGGAUUACAGGAGGGAGGAAUAGAGUCGGGACGGUCCAGGAUUCCGGGAGAGUUGAGAAGACCCAGGACGGUCCAGGAUUCCGGGAGGGAGGAACAGAGCCGGGACGGUCCAGGAUUCCGGGAGAGAGGAACAGAGCCGGGACGGUCCAGGAUUCCGGGAGAGAGGAACAGAGCCGGGACGGUCCAGGAUUCCGGGAGGGAGGAACAGAGCCGGGACGGUCCAGGAUUCCGGGAGGGAGGAACAGAGCCGGGACGGUCCAGGAUUCCGGGAGGGAGGAACAGAGCCGGGACGGUCCAGGAUUCCGGGAGGGAGGAACAGAGCCGGGACGGUCCAGGAUUCCGGGAGGGAGGAACAGAGCCGGGACGGUCCAGGAUUCCGGGAGGGAGGAACAGAGCCGGGACGGUCCAGGAUUCCGGGAGGGAGGAACAGAGCCGGGACGGCAGGUGCCGAUCACUCCCGGAGAGGUUUUCAGCAGAAGAUCUGCCAGUUCAGGAGAUGGUGCCUGGUUUAAGAAAUCCCUUGUGAAGACGUCAGCCUCUCUGGAAGAGCCAUCGCAGCAGGACCAAUGGCUUUGCAGAAAGGUCUCAGGAUGUGGUUUGGUGAUGAGCCUUUGUGCUCAAGGAGUCCUUUGACUCCCAGGCACGGGCCAGGGCUUGCAGACGUCUCCCAGUACGACCAAUGGCUGGCUGUGCGACACGAGGCUACGCUGGUGCCGAUGCAGGAGGACCUGUCCAUCUGGCUGAGUGGGCUGCUCGGAAGGGAGUUGAGAGCGGAGAACUUCAUGGAGGAACUGGACAACGGUGUGGUGCUGUGCAAACUCAUCGCUCUUCUCCAAAAGAAAGUGAAGGAAUUUGGGAAUCUGGAGAACGAGGAGCAUUUCACAAUGAGGAAAGUUCCGUGUAAAAGCAAUGCUGGUUCAGGGUCGUUCUUUGCUCGUGACAACACUGCCAAUUUCCUAUCCUGGUGCAGAGCGGUUGGGGUCGAUGAGACCUACCUGUUUGAGUCCGAGGGGUUGGUUUUACACAAACAGCCGCGCCAGGUGUGUCUGUGCCUGCUUGAAAUUGGUCGAAUUGUGUCCCGCUUUGGCGUGGAACCUCCGGUGCUAGUGAAACUAGAGAAGGAGAUCGAACUUGAGGAAACUCUUCUGACCGCUUCUGAACACGUGAUUUCUACAGAGAUCCCAAAGCCAAGUUGUUCUAACAAAGAGCUUCACCAAGCAGUGAAGAUCAUUGCAGAUGACCCCCCUUGCAAUUGUUCCCAUCGGUUCUCAAUUGAGUUUCUAUCGGAAGGACGUUAUCGGCUGGGUGAAAAGAUACUUUUUAUCAGGAUGUUGCACGGGAAGCACGUGAUGGUGCGCGUUGGAGGAGGAUGGGACACCCUGCAAGGCUUUCUGCUCAAACAUGACCCAUGUCGCCUACUGCACCUCACCACGCUGGAGGAGAAGAUCGUGACCCUGGAGAAGGCCGCGCCCCACCACCCGGGCCGGCCCAGGUCUCCAGCGGUGCGCCAACUGGGCCCCGGCCCCCCUCGGCCCUCACCGGCCACUGGUCCCCACUGCCGCUGCCCCUCCUCAGCCCGUUCCCCCGCCCCUAAGCUGCCGCUGACUCCGGCCCAGCUCUGCCACCAGCCCCGGCCUUCCCCCAGGGCGGCGCAGGCCUCUACGGGGCCAGGCCGGGCUGCCGGAAGAGCCCCCCUGAGGAGACCACAAGGUCUGGGCCCGGCCCUCACAGAGCCCGCGCCCAAGCUGAGCGCCCGCUGUCCGGCAGGCACAGGCCCGUCGCCAGCCGCUCGCUCCCCCGGGCCCCGCCUCCACACCAGGGCCCCGCCGGCCGCCGCUCCCAAAUCGACACCCAGGCCUGUGGCUCCGGCCCCUGGCCGGGACAAGGCCUCACCCUGCCCCCGCACCCCGCUGGCCGUGGUGAGGCUGCCUCAGGCCACGGUGAGGGGUGUGGAGACAGUGCGGGGCGCGGAGACGGUGCGGGUCAAGCCCAAGGCCCGGCCGGUGAAGGUCGCCGCAGGAAUGCCGGCCAAAUCGCCACGCUCCCCCACCAGGCCUGGGCCCUCAGUGGCCCGAGGGGAGGAUGACUACCUGGUGAUGAAUGGGGGCUCCCGGCCCAGGGAGUGACGGGCCCCAGGAGAGGGGGAUGGGAGUGGGGCAGUGAAGGGGAGGGGUCCCUCUCCCCGUGGGCCAGGGCUCCGGCCUGGCUCCCACCCUACAGUCGGGUGGAUGAGACGUUCCGGCCCCACACCUCAGCCUGGGCCGGGAGACUCCCCCACCCCCAGUGCCCUGGAGGUUGAUAGUUUACUCUGACUAAACCAGGCUCUCGGUAGUAAUGUACUGCUGUGUGUGGGAGUUUGCUGUGCACACACUAGCUGCUCUGCAUCCUCCAUUCCAGCUGUGGUCAAACCUUGAAAGGCCUUGCUUUGGCCGGGCCGUGCUCUGAGGCAGCCGGGAAGUUGCAGUCACACUUUAUUUCUACCUUCGGGGACCAGGAGGUGUCCCACCCUCUCCUUCCCCGAGGUGGGGGCUGGCCCAAGUUCCUCUCCCCUGUAAUCAGGACCCUUUCCCCCAGUGUCUGCCAUUUUCAGCUUGCCGUUAGCUAUCGGUGUCCAUUUCUGGAUUGGCGUAGUUCCCUGGAGAAGGGGAUUCGUACCUUCAGAGGGGGUGGGAUACUGACCAUGGAGGGGGUCCAAUCACCCCCUCCCACCCCCAUCCACUGCCCUUCCUGCCAACCUCUGGGAUGGAGAGUGUGCUGAUGGGCAUGGCCCCAUCCUGCCCCUCCUUCAAAGUAUUAAGGCAGGGUCUUCAAAUUAACUUAAAGAUACCCUGACACUGUUGGAAAAUAAUUAUACAAAACUUUUGUGAGCAACAUUACAUUGAGGGAGGGUGUUCCCGUCGAACCCUCGCUGUCCAUGGGCUGCCUACAAAUGGGUACAAAACACAAUGGCCCUGUGAUUAGCACAGGAACAUUACCGAGUGGGACCACAGGGACAGCCUAUGGAGUGAUAUGUUGGUAAACUUCAACCACACUAUUACCUUUGUGGCUGCGUUGGGAUAAUUCCCAUUCCAAUACUAACCUUUCCGAAGAUCAUACUAUGUUUCAAACUCUCGUGGUUAAAAUGCUGGCAUUGAUUGCUGUGUUGCUGAGUUGUCUACUGAGCUGCUCCAAAAAAAAUUGUUUUGCACUCAAGGACACUACAGGAGUGGUUUUGUUGGGCGUGGCAUUUUUCAGCCAACAAACUGGGGAAAAUGCAAGGCCUUUUAUCACUUCCUCUUGUAUUUAUGUUUGUAUUUAAAUUGUUGUGAUUGAAGAUGAAAUUGUACCUGGUGUAAAGUGGCAUUGGCUGGGUCCCCCUGUGUCCUGGGGCAGGCUGCGGUUUCUGGAGGUUAAAGCAGAUUAGGGAGGGUGAUGGAAGUUAUCUUCUUAACGAAAGGUAGAAGUGUUAGAUGCUUAUCAGGGCAGGAAUAAAUGGCAGCUUGAUUUGCAGUUCUGCCUGCUUCCCUCUCUCUCCUCUCCCACUCCUGCUCCCACUGGCUGGCACUCGUUGACGCUGCCUCCCCAAGUUGACAUCUCACCAGUUUAGCUCUCGGGAAGACUUUGGGGAAAGUUGUUCCAAAGUUUGCUGCUUGCCCGGGUUACUUUAAUGUUGGUGCAGUGUUGUUCCAAUUGUCUUGAGAUUGGGGUCUGAGUAAUGGGCAGGUCCCGGUCCCACCACUGCACUCGUGGCCUCUGGUGCUCCUGACCCCCAACCCACCACAGCUGAUCUGUCCACAGCUUCCCACAAAAUGGGCUCGCGCCCAGUGCAAAAUUGUGCGUUUCUUCAGUGCAUGCCCCAGAGAGAAUGGAGGGAGCAUGGAUAUCCAUAACACUGGACCACGUGUGUACAUAUUGUACCUUGUUGUGCUGGUGUGGCCGAGCUAGUUGUGUGUGUUUGUUGAUGGAGAGGCUGAGGUGCCUUCUGUCUCCCUCUGGUCUGGGGCUAGUAUUGGGGGAUAGUCUCGCAUCUCUGCACAAGCCCCUCUGUACUGACGACAUCUUCAGAGUGAGAAACUAGGUUGUAGCUUCAAGGAGUUGUUACUUUAAAAGGAGGGACUAACUGGUUGUGGGACUGUUUGGUUCCCCACAACUUGGGGGAAGGGGUGAAUUCCUCUGCUGUGGUCAGCCCUGUGUGAGCCAGUGCUGUAGUCCAGCUCUGGGUAAUGGUGGUGAAUGCAUCAGGGUAGUGCGCUGUACAGUCCACCAGUGAGAUCAGGAAUGUUUCAUGUCAACACUAAUGAGUGAAGGAACUUCACUCUCUUUGGAAGAAGAGUAGGCCAUUCAGCCCCUCAAGCCUGUUCUAUCAUUCAGUUAGAUCAUUCCUAUUUGUUCCAGCCCACUACCUGCAAAUGAGAAUUGUUCCAACUGGUGGCUGGGUUCUACAGACUUCGGGGACAGUUCCACAUGCCUUUGUGAAAAAUGUUCUUGAACUAUUUGGCUCUACACUGAGGUUACGCUUCUGUUUCAUCUCCUCUCUGUAUCUAUCCUCCCUUUGUAUGGCUGUAAACACGUGGGUCAGUUUGGCCCCAGUACUCCAAACCCAAGCCAAAGGAGCGAAGUUAACACCACUCCUCCUCACCUUGCAUCAAAGAUGUUGCAUUUAUUCCAUCAUCCGGCAUUCCAAAGUUUCUCCACAUUGGAAUUGUACUUUAACUUUUGUGACUUAUGACGUAGAAAAAUGUAUAAUUUGAACAGGUACGUAACACUGGAGUCCUGUUGUUGAAGGACACCUUUUGCUGUUUACCUCCAGGUACUUUUUUCUAGGUUUUCCUUUUGUUUUGCAAUCGUUUGCCUCCUGCAGGAGGUGAUGGUUCCCCCUCCCUACUGCCCCCGAGUACCGAUGGAGCACUGGGUACUGUUUUGGAACUGUUUGUGGUGUCCUCUCCUAGGGAACUGAACUGGAAAGAACAAGAGCUCUGGAAACUUCUGACUGUUACUGUAAAUGGGUUAAAACAGAGUGUGAUCUACAUGUGGUUAAAAGUAGGUCAUGAAAUGCUGGAGCAGCUGAGAUCGAUUCAUGUCUCUGUAACACCAACUCUGUACUAACCUCAGCAAUUUUAAAUUUGAUAUACCUCCAUCUAAAAGCAUA